AAAUACAGAGAAAGAAAAAGAGAAAGUAAAGAGAAAAAGGGAAAGAGGAUAAAGAGGAAAAGGCUGAAAGGGCAAGCUAACCGUGAUUUUUUGUGUCCACUUGUAAAAACUGCUUACUUUCUCACCCACUCCAUCAACAUUCCACACUCACCUAAUACACAAAAGACAAAUCAAAAGGGAAAAAAACAAAAAAACCAUGUUGAUUGAUGAUGUUCAACUAUGUCCUUAACUUCUUAUAAAUCAAAUUCUCAACUUCAUCAAACAAAGAAACUUGUGUUUCUAUGACAAAACCACCUCACUUUUUCUUGUGCUGCAAUUCUACUUUUCAUGGCAUAUGCAUCAGCUUGCUCAGCAUUUGUUUGACACAUGCAUACAUAGGAAAUGGAUUCAAUAGAAUGUUGUCAAUGUUAUUUAGCGUACAAUGUAUAACAUCAUGAAUCCAUGUUCAGAAAAUUUUUCAGUUUUUACAACGAAUGCAUGGAUCAAUUAUGGAAUUGUUCCAACUUAAUCUGUUGUUUCUGAAUUUGAGUCUUCAAUAUGCAACUGUCAGAUAUUCAGUGGGAGAGUUUUAUCAUACAUUCUGAUCCUACCUAGUUCCAGCAAGAUUGUUUUCUGUGGAGAAUACUAGUAGUCUCUGCAAAAAGCUCUGAGAUUUCCAUUUAAGCAUUAGAGUGUGAUAAUGACAGUUAUUAUAACAGUGGUGCUAAUAUUUGUGGGAUUUGUGGUCCUGAUCAUAUUUCAUGUCUGUAUUUCGGAGAGACUCUCUAGGAGAGGAUCUAUGGUUGAGAGGGGUGCAAAUGGGGGAAGAAGCAUGUCCAUAGAUGAGUUGGAGAAGCUCCCAUGUUAUGAUUAUGUUGCCAAAGGCAACACAAGCAGCCCUGUGGAUUGUGCAGUUUGCUUGGAGAGCCUCAUCACUGGAGAUAAGUGCAGGUUGUUGCCUAUGUGCAAGCACAGUUUUCAUGCUCAAUGUGUGGACACAUGGCUUCUUAAGACAUCCUUAUGCCCAACUUGCAGGUCUAAUGCUCAUUCUCACAGUGAAAACCAAGUUAUAGGUAACAGUGACUACUUGGUAGCACCAAAUAGUGUGUCUAGGGAGGGCCAAACUGCCACAAGAAGUCAGCAACAUGACAAUAUGGUGGUCUUGGUACAGCUGAGAGAAAGCCUAGAAAAUGGUACAUCAACAAAUGUUAUCGUGGAAAAUCCAACAUUAGGAAGUCAUAACUUGGUCAGAGAGGAGUAGAAUCUAGAGAACACCAAGAACAGAUUAAACAGAAAUCAGAUAUCAGCUACCACUUUGCUUCAUGCUGAAGAAUUUGAAGCUGUGUGAAGGUAGCUCAAAAAAUGAAUAUUGUUGAGAUAUUUGAAUGAUG